GUUCUGGAAGUCGGACCUGCUAGAAGUAAAGUUAGUAGUCACGCUCGGGACGCCGAAGGGAGGGGCUGCUAGAAUCUUGGAGGGUCCUGGCCUUAAGGGGAAGGGUCCCCUUAAGAAAGGGGGCUUUUGCUCAUCCGACAAAAAAGAACUCUCCAACUGGGAGGGGGUUCCCUCCGAGAGCCACUGCUUAAGGCGGAGGGCCAAGCGAAUGGAAGCGGACCAGGACAACUGGCUGAGGGAGCAGCUGGCUGGUCGGAGGGGAUCCGAGGAGGACGGCUGGGAGAGAGGGGAGACGGCAACUCCAGAGAACCCGGAGUCCUGGACGUGGGCCGACUCGGUGGAAUGGGACGAGCAACGUCGGUUGAGAAUGGAGCCGACGGGCCAAGAGGCGGUGGGCCCCGAGGAAGGACUGGGGGCGGCGGGCACCGACGAGGGAGGGGAACAGACCAGCCCCGAGGAGGCAGCAGUAGUGGAGCUGUGGAGCUCGGACCGACAGAGCGGCAGCGGCGGGGAAGAGUGGGCCGGCCCCCUACCGGUGCGGCCCGGGGGCAGUGAGAUGGCGGCCCCGGAGGGCGGGGCGAUGGCGAGUCUUGAGGUCCAGGGGUGGAGGGAAGGGCGGGGAAAAAGGGACGGAGCGGGCGGGAGAAAAGGGCAGCAGGAGAGCGAGAGUGGGGAGGCCCUGGGGAAGCCCGAGGGCAAGGCGAGGGAGCCGGGAGAGAGGCGUCCCCGCUGGUUUUGGGAGAGGUACUGGGAGGUGUUCCAGGAGCGCCGCCGGGAGAGGGCGGCGAAGCGGCAGGCAGAGGGCACGGGGCCGGUCAAGGGGCAGUAUCCUUUGGAGAAGAAGCCCGACUGGCUGGAGAUCCCAGGGACGGCGGAGAGACCGGGGGACGAGAUCCUCCCAGAGGAGACGAAGAAAGCCACCUCCACCUCCUCUUCGGAGCACGUUGUCCGUCGGCCCACGAUCACAAUCAAUCACCGCCCAAGAAUUGGCCGCAGGUCGCAGGGUUCUGUCGCUUCAUUUAGUGUCAUUAACGAGCUGGCGAAGAUGGGCGAUCCGGAGGUCCUGGAAAUGGUGCAGGAGGAAGAGGGAAGAAACGUUAGGGAAGCAGACUAUGUUUUUGAAAUGAAUGAGCAGAGCCUGAGCAGCAGAGAGACCAGCUUUCUCAUCAAGGAAGAACCAACGCCUGCAAAGAGAUACAAUUUGUUCCUGAGGCGACGUCUUAUGUUCCAAAAAGACAAACAAAGUAAAGACUCUAUCUUCUUCCGAGAUGGGAUUAGGCAAAUUGAUUUUGUGCUUUCGUAUGUUGAUGACAUAAAAAAAGAAGCAGAGUUAAAGGCGGAGAGGAGAAAGGAGUUUGAAGAAAAUCUCAGAAAAACAGGUCUUGAGUUGGAAAUUGAAGACAAAACGAACUCUGAAGAUGGAAGAACUUACUUUGUCAAGAUCCAUGCCCCUUGGGAGGUGUUAGUUACCUAUGCAGAAGUGUUGGGGAUCAAAAUGCCCAUUAAAGAGAGUGAUAUUCCCCGACCUGAGAAAAUACCCUUUAGCUUUUUGCUCGGGCCUCUGAAGCUGGCAAGGAAUGUGAAGCAUCCUCACCCUGAAUAUUUCACUGCCCAAUUCAGCCGACAUCGCCAGGAACUCUUCCUCAUUGAUGACCAGUCAAGCUUCUUUCCGUCCUCAGCAAGAAACAGAAUUGUUUAUUAUAUUCUGUCACGAUGUCCUUUUAGCACAGAAGAUGGGAAGAAAAGGUUUGGGAUUGAAAGACUCCUGAAUUCUAACACUUACUCCUCUGCCUAUCCACUCCAUGAUGGUCAAUAUUGGAAGCCAUCAGAACCUCCUAAUCCUGUCAAUGAAAGGUACAUCCUUUUCCAGAACUGGGCUCGAUUUUCCUAUUUUUACAAGGAGCAACCUUUAGAUUUGAUUAGGAAUUAUUAUGGAGAAAAAAUUGGCAUGUAUUUUGUCUUUCUCGGAUUUUACACAGAAAUGCUAUUCCUUGCAGCUGUAGUUGGCUUGGCUUGUUUUGUUUAUGGCUUAUUGUCGAUGCACAGCACCACAAGCAGCUCGGAGAUCUGUGACCCCAAGAUAGGAGGCCAGAUUAUCAUGUGCCCACUCUGUGAUUCAACAUGUGAUUAUUGGAGACUAAAUUCCACGUGUUUGGCUUCAAAGGUCUCCCAUUUGUUCGAUAAUGAGUCAACAGUGUUCUUUGCAAUAUUCAUGGGAAUUUGGGUCACACUGUUUUUGGAGUUUUGGAAACAGCGUCAAGCCAGACUGGAAUAUGAGUGGGACCUGGUGGACUUUGAAGAGGAACAGCAGCAACUUCAGUUGAGGCCUGAAUUUGAAGCUAUGUGUAAACACAAGAAAAUGAACCCGGUGACCAAGGAGUUGGAACCUUACAUGCCUCUGUACAAUCGGAUUCCGUGGUACUUUUUGUCAGGAGCCACAGUGACGUUAUGGAUGUCUCUUGUCAUUGCGUGCAUGGUAGCUGUGAUUGUGUACCGCCUGUCGGUCUUCGCUACCUUCUCUAGCUUCAUGGAGAGUGACGCAUCCUUAAAACAUGUCAAAAGUUUCCUCACUCCUCAGAUAACCACAUCACUCACUGGAUCCUGCCUGAACUUUAUUGUCAUCUUGAUCUUAAAUUUCUUUUAUGAAAAGAUAUCUGCCUGGAUUACAAAAAUGGAAAUUCCUCGAACUUACCAGGAGUAUGAAAGCAGUCUGACCUUGAAAAUGUUCCUGUUCCAGUUUGUAAAUUUUUACUCAUCCUGCUUCUACGUGGCUUUCUUCAAAGGGAAGUUUGUGGGCUAUCCUGGAAAGUAUACGUAUUUGUUUAAUGUGUGGAGAAGUGAAGAGUGUGACCCUGGAGGCUGUCUAAUAGAAUUGACAACCCAGCUGACCAUAAUAAUGACUGGGAAACAGAUCUUCGGAAACAUCAAAGAAGCCAUUUACCCGUUGGUUCUAAAUUGGUGGAGACGCCGAAAAGCUCGGACCAACUCUGAGAAGCUGUACAGUCGAUGGGAGCAGGACCAUGACCUUGAAACUUUUGGAUCUCUUGGGCUGUUCUAUGAAUACCUAGAAACAGUAAUCCAAUUCGGAUUUGUUACAUUAUUUGUGGCCUCUUUUCCUUUGGCUCCUCUUCUUGCUCUCUUGAAUAAUGUUAUAGAGAUCCGAGUGGAUGCCUGGAAACUCACUACUCAGUACAGGAGACCUGUGGCUGCUAAAGCUCAUAGCAUAGGUGUUUGGCAAGACAUUCUUUAUGGAAUGACUGUUAUUUCUGUUGCAAGUAACGCUUUUAUUGUGGCAUUUACAUCGGACAUCGUUCCUCGUCUAGUUUAUUACUACGCCUAUUCAAAAAAUUCCACUGACCCUUUGAAAGGCUAUAUCAAUAACAGCCUGUCGAUAUUCCUGAUAGAUGACUUACCAAACCACACUGCGCCUUCGGAAAGAAGAGACUUCACCACUUGCAGGUAUAAAGAUUACAGAUAUCCUCCCGAUCAUGAUCUGAAGUACUUUCAUAAUAUGCAAUUCUGGCACGUCCUUGCUGCCAAGAUGACCUUCAUCAUAGUUAUGGAGCAUGUUGUGUUUUUAGUUAAAUUUUUGUUGGCCUGGAUGAUCCCCGAUGUUCCAAAAGAUGUUCUGGAGAGAAUCAAACGAGAAAAGCUAAUGACUAUCAAGAUCCUCCAUGACUUUGAGCUUAAGAAAUUAAAAGAGAACUUGAGAGAUGGUUCUAAUGAAUUUGCCAAGGAAGUCAUGAUUCAGGAAAACAAAGUACAGCUAGCUAAAUCAACAAUCUAGUCAACAAAAUGAGUAAGCAGCUGGUUGCCUGUCUAGCGUCACAUUUUCCCUGGGUUAGGGCCAGAGGCCCGAAGCCAUGUGUCGACUCUACCCCUUUUCCUUGUUCUUUUUUUUAACUCUGUUUUUAUAUAUUUUUAUAGAGGCUAACUCUGGGAGGUCAGAAGAGUCCCACUUGUCUGCUCCAUUGGCUGGGCCCUUCCUAGGUGGUGUUUUCUGGGAUUCCAUAAAUGAUUAUUAAAAGUGCAUGUGGAAUCAGAAUAUGGGAAAUCAUGGAAUGUUGCAGUUUGUAUUAAACACUGGAUUUGGGCUGUCCCGUCACUUUCCAGAGAAUCUGCACAUUUUUAUGAUCUUCUCUUGGGUGGUUUUAUAUCUCUUUCCCAUCAAGAAAAAUGUUGGGACAAAAAGAAAAGAAGAGAAGGGGCCCAAUGAGCCGUAUUUAUCCUGCAAUGUUAGACUAUGCAAAUGAAAAACCAAAGUCAGAUGACAUAAGAAAACUCACAUAUUAAAUAUACUGGGUAAAUAUCAUGGUGAGGGUUUGUUUCUGCAAUUGUCCUGGAUAAGUUAAGUUUCCAUCAGGAUCCCAGAUAGCCCUUCCAGGUAAAUGCAAAAUUGAUUUUUCAAGAGGCUGAACAUUGGGUUUCAACAAAAGACUAACAACUCAGUUCUUUAAAGAUAACAUUUUGGGAAAAAAAUAAUUUCAAGACCGCAUUGUCUUAUCUGGAAAAAACACAUUAAGAAGUUAUUACAUUGCUUCAGGUCUUCAAGUAUAUGAAAGCUAUUAUAUAGCAGUAAAUGUCUCUUCUUAAUAGUUAAGGAAUGUAAGACAAGGCACACUGAUCAUUUAUCGACCUUAAUGUAAAAACUUGUUGAAUUAUUUAAAAAAAUAUUUGUCUUCUACAAUGACUUUUUGCAUCAUGAAGCUUGUGUGAGCAUCAGCUAUUUGUAUAAGUUAGGUGCAAGUUGUUCAUGAAAUGUUAUUUUUUUGUUUAAAGCAAUCUCAAAUCUCUUAAUGCAUUUACAGUCUUUUGUAUUGAUUCGCCCCUUUAUGCAAUGCUCCAUGCCUUGUCCCUGUGCUUUUGACAUGCAAGCAGCUGAUGAUUUGUUGGGAUGUAAUGUCUCAAAUGUGAGCCUGCUUUAGAGAAAUUGUCAGUUUAACAUCAAUUACAGAGUUUAACACCCAAAAUGGAUGAACUAAGAAUGAGGUGAUAGAUUUGAUAGCUAAGUUUAAAAAAAUUGUUGAAUUAUUUCUCUCAGACCAAUAGCACAUAUAUGCUAGUUCUUAUUCUUCUUUCUUGUAAAAAAUUCUUUUUAUAUGUUAUAUAUAUUUUAACAUUAUAGAGUGAGAGAUACAUUUCAAUUAUAUGUUAUUUGAAUCUCUAGUUUUAAAUUACAUUUUGGUUCCAAAAAAUAGUGUUUUUAAUUGUAUAUGAAAGAAGAAACUUCACUGUGGUUUUUUUAAAGUAGUGUUUCAUUAUUUGAUGCUAAUACAUUUUUAUGGAAUUGUCAUUAUUAAGUGUAAGGCAGGCAGUCUUACCUAGUAAUCAAUAUUAAGUGUUUAGAUCUGAGGAUUAGGAAUUUUAUAAGACUAUGAGACAGCGAUCCCAGUAUUAGCAGUAAUGAUUUGGUGUCCAUCAUUUUCAUACAUCUUGUGAACAUUUUUGUGUAAUUUGACAUGAUCUCAUUCUUGGAGCAUGGUUUCACUUGUGGAGAAGGUAAUUUUCUUGCUUGAGAAAACCAGUCAGUGUUAACUGUCGAAGAAGCUGUAGAUAUGUAGUAUGUUUUCAAUGAACCUCUGCAUUGCCACCAUGUUGUACAUUGUGCACAGCUCAUACUGCUUCCUUCUUGGGUGCUAAUAAAAAUAAGAAUGUGGA